AUGACACUCUACAUUUACAGCGAGACCGGUGUCUGUAUGUAUAACUACUCCUUUAUUGAAACGGAUAUCACAGAACAACAACUCACAGAACAUAAACAAUUCAUAUCGGGGUUGAUCCAAUCUAUUACCAACUUCUGUGACUGUAUAAACCCAUCGAACGCCCCAACGACAUUCGAAAGUUUUAACACCGACACAUACAAAUUUCACUAUUUCCAAACCCCAACAAAUUUGAGGUUUGUCUUGUUCACAGACAAUUGCCUCCAAACGUACACCGACUGGCUCAAAGAAUAUUUCGACUCGUGUUACGUCGUCGCAGUCGCGAAGAACCCGAUGUUCUCGAAGUCGACAGAACAAUUGAAGUGCCCGCUUUUAGACGAACUUACUCGCAACUUUUUCAAGCAGAAAAGCCAGAACUAA